AUGACGGUUGCGGCGCGCAGUUGUGCCACUUCGGCUAUCGAUAACGACAUGGAGGUGCGGAUAAUCUUCGCGCGCAUUGGCUGGAGGUCUGCCCCGCUGCACGAGACGCAUCCACACCUGCUGCAACCUGGGGAAAUCACGCCCGGGAUCACUGCACAAGAGUACUACGACAGACGGGUGAAGCUUGCAAAGGCUCUGCCGAAGGGUUCCAUCGCUGUCCUUGCGGCAUCAGAUGUCAAGUACCGCUCGGGCGCCGUCUUCUACAAGUUCCACCAAGAUCCCGAUUUCCUAUACCUGACAGGCUUCAACGAACCAGAUGCCCUCGCAAUAAUCGAAAAGAUCGACGAUGACGAGCACAACUUCCACCUCUACGUACGCCCCAAAGACCCCAAGCUCGAGCAGUGGGAAGGCUCGCGCUCCGGCAUCCAAGCAGCUGAAGACGUCUUCAACGCGGACACGACUGGCGACAUCAACAACCUGCCCAAGAUUCUCCCCGAGAUGCUGAAGCGCGCAGAGCACGUGUACACAGAUCUUCCAAAUAGCCGGAUAACGCGAAACAUACUGUCAAGAUACUUGUCUGGUGCAGAGCCCUCGCGGACAGGAGGUAUCGUGAGUGUGUUCAGGGACUCAGAAAAGAGGGUAAAGCCGCUGAGGCCGUAUCUGAACGAUCUGAGGGUCAUCAAGAGCGAAGCCGAACUUAAGAACAUGCGAAAAGCGGGGCAGCAUUCUGGACGUGCUAUCACAGACGCAAUGCGGCAGUCAUGGACCGCGGAGAAAGACCUCGAUGCCUUCCUCGACUACUGGUUCAAGCAGGAUGGAUGUGACGGGCCUGCAUACGUCCCCGUAGUCGCAGGUGGCAUCAAUGCGAAUACAAUUCACUACGUUACCAACGACAUGAUGCUCAAGCCUGACGAGCUUGUGCUUGUCGACGCAGGCGCCGAGUACGGUGGAUACAUCACCGACAUCUCGCGGACGUGGCCUGUAAAUGGCAAGUUCAACCCCGCUCAGAAAGACCUCUACCAGCUACUCUUAAACGUUCAGAGAAGCUGCGUUUCGCUAUGCACCGUCUCCUCCCAGCUCACGCUCGACCGCCUUCACAGAAUCGCAUCACGAACGCUGGCAGAUGGCCUAAAGGAUCUCGGCUUCGACAUGUCCAAUGAUGCGAUCGAGAAAAUAUUCCCGCACCACGUAGGCCAUUACGUUGGUUUGGACGUCCAUGACAGCCCAGGCUUGACGAGGGGAAAAGCAUUCGAAAAGGGCAUGUGUGUGACCGUCGAACCCGGCAUCUACGUGCCAGACGACGAGCGAUGGCCGGCGUGGGCGCGCGGCAUAGGGAUGAGGAUUGAAGACAGCGUUUGCGUAGAUGAGGAUUCGCCAUACAUUUUGACUACCGAGGCGGUCAAGGAGAUCGACGACAUCGAAGCUCUGAAGGGGACUGAGAGUCGGUUGAGUUGA